AUGAUCGUGGGGCUGGUACUGUGCCCCUGCGGACUCCUGCUGACACUCACGGGCACGCUGGCACCCAGCUGGAGGCAGGUGAGCCGCAUCCCCAACCAGCCCAGUGACCUCGUCUAUGAGCAGGGCAUCUGGGACGUGUGCAGGGAGCAGCAGAGCAGCCACGACCGCCUCUGCGGGUAGCCGGACGAGCUGGGCUACUUCAAGCAGGGGCCCGUACGGGUGGCCCAAGGGCUGAUCCGGCUCGUCUCGGGGCUGCGGAGCCUGGUGCCCGCCUCCUGGUACACCAACGAGCUGUGGGCGCUGCCUGCACCGGCUGACAGCACGCUGGCUGUGGGCUACAGCUUGGUGCUGAGCUACUUGGGAAGCUGCCUGGAGAUUCUAGGGGGGCUGGCCCUCACCUUCAGCUUCCACCACUGCUGCAAGGAGCACAGGGCCCCCAAACUGCCCCCCAGCCCUGCACGGGGGGCUGGGGCAUGCUCCACCACUGGGGCUUAUGGCAAUCCCUGGGACGUGCUGCAGGACGAGCGAGACGGACGACAGUGGAGGAGUACCUUGCCUUGUGACUCGGACUUGUAG